ACCUGAUAACUGACUCUCUCUCUCUCUCUCUCUCUCUCUCUCCACCCUCAAUGCACAUACUGUACACCGCUUCGUACCUAAUAACUGAUUCUCUCUCUCUCUCUCUCUCCUCCCUGAAUUGUCCAAAACCAUUCCCCCCAUACGCACCUGCAAAAAUUGUAGAGAGAGAAAGCAAUAGGAGUACAGUUCACUGAAUCAUUCCAUCUCUCACCCUACACUAUCACAUUCCGUAAACCAGAUCGAUUUCCAUGGAAACACCAGGGAGACGAUCUAGUCAUUUUCCCCAGAACCAAACGGGCCCUUCGCCUUCGACUCGGGACGAUCGAGUCAUAACGGUCGAGGAUUCGUUCCAAUUGGAAGUGUAUGGGAACGAGAGGGAAACUGCGUCGUCGUACAAGAGCUGGGCUCAGCAGACCCAGGAGAGCUACCAGCUGCAGCUGGCACUGGCCCUCCGGCUGUCGGCGGAGGCUACAUGCGCCGACGAUCCCAAUUUCUUGGAACCUGGGACGGUGGAUUCGCCUACGGCGGCCGGCUCGGCAUCGGCCGAGGUCCUCUCGCAUCGGUUCUGGUUGAAGGGCUGCAUGUCUUACUGUGACAAAGUUCCUGAUGGAUUUUACUUGAUUCACGGGAUGGAUCCAUAUUUAUGGUCUAUGAGCACUGAUCUAGAAGAUAGUGGUCGGGUCCCAUCAUUUGAUACAUUGAAGGUGGUUGACCCUGCCGACGGUUCACUAGAGGUUGUUUUGAUUGAUAAAUCUUGGGAUUCUGGUUUGAAAGAACUUCAGAGUAUGGUACACAGCUUAUCUAGUAACUGGAUAACUAGAAAAGAGGUGGUUGAUCACCUUGCUGAGCUUGUAUGCAAUCGUUUGGGGGGUGUAGCUUCUUCUGGAGAAGAAUGUUUUGAUAACCGCUGGAAAGAGGGAGCUGGACUUUUGAAGGACUGCUUAGGCUCUGUCAUGCUUCCUAUUGGAAGCUUGUGUGUCGGCUUUUGCGUUCAUCGAGCACUUCUCUUUAAAGUGUUAGCAGACAUGGUUAACUUACCAUGCCGAAUAGCUAAGGGGUGUAAAUACUGUGAGAGGGAGUUGGCUUCCUCCUGUCUUGUGCGAUUUGACAAUGACAGAGAAUAUGUAGUUGAUCUAAUUGGAAGGCCCGGAUCUUUAAGCCACCCGGAUUCCUUGGUCAACGGUAUAUCUUCUGUUGUGGUUUCUUCACCAUUAUGUCAUCCGAAGUUUAGAACUGUUGAAAGUGCUGGGAACUUCAGGAUGUUUGCCAGACUGUAUUUUUCUGAUUGUCAAUCUCUUAAUAUUGCGUUUGAUGAUGCUUCCUCAGGUGCUGCUAUUAAUCGAGAUAACGCAGGUCUGCACUUCUCUAGCCCUCAUGAAUUGAAAAGCGUUGGUAGGAGCUGGCCUCUUUCCAAUUCAAUUAAUGAGAGGAAAUUAUCUGUAUCACCUUUGUCGGGAAGAGUUGCUGGGACAUUUGCCCAGGACAGAGGUUCCUGGAUACCAAGCUCAUUGAAUCCUUUUCUGAAUAUUAUAAGCUCUACACACCUAUUCAAAGGCCCUGUUCUUCCAAUUCAGAUCCCUCCAAACGCACAAAGAGAGGCUCAACCAGGUGUAGUCGAUACAGCUAAUAAUCUGAGGUUCAUGGAAUCGACUCACUUGGAAUCCAAUAAAAUAGGUCGUGAAUUGUUUCUCAACGAGAAGGAUUUGGACAUCAGAUGGAAUGAUCUUGUGUUGAAGGAGAAAAUUGGAUCAGGUUCAUUUGGAACUGUUCAUCUUGCUGAGUGGCGUGGUUCAGAUGUUGCUGUAAAGAUCCUAAUGGAACAAGAUUUCGAUACAGAGCACUUCGAGGAGUUUCAGACAGAGGUGUCAAUCAUGGAACGCUUACGGCACCCAAACAUUGUUCUCUUCAUGGGUGCAGUGACUCAGCCUCCGAACUUGUCCAUUGUUACAGAGUAUUUGUCCAGGGGAAGCUUGUUUAAACUUCUGCGAAUGCAUGGUGCAGGAGUAAUACUGGAUGAUAGGCAACGCCUGAAUAUGGCUUAUGAUGUGGCCAAGGGAAUGAAUUACCUUCAUCAGCUCAAACCCCCCAUCGUCCAUCGAGAUUUGAAGUCUCCCAAUCUUUUGGUGGACAGCAAAUAUACUGUAAAGGUCUGUGACUUUGGCCUCUCCCGUUCAAAAGCCAAUACAUUUCUUUCAUCUAAAACAGCUGCCGGAACUCCUGAGUGGAUGGCACCAGAAAUCCUCCGUGAUGAGCCAUCAAAUGAGAAGUCAGAUGUUUACAGUUUUGGUGUAAUUUUGUGGGAACUUGUGACCCUUCAACAGCCAUGGAAAAAUUUAGAUCCAAGACAGGUGGUGGUAGUUGUUGGAUUUAAAGGAAAAAGGCUUGAAAUUCCCAGCAACGUCAAUCCUCAAGUAGCUGCCUUAAUUGAAGCCUGUUGGGCUGAUGAGCCAUGGAAGCGUCCAUCAUUCUCCUCCAUUAUGGAGUAUUUGCAGCAAUUGAUCUCCUACUCCACAGAUCAACCAGUUCAUGGUCAUAUUCCACAAGUUUCCUAAAUAUGGGAAGCACCAUAAGAGUAAUUCUUAUGCUGGCAUAUGAUUUUUUGGUGCUCUGGUGGUCGGAAGAAUAUGCAUUACCUUCUAACAAAAGGUUUGUCUGUUAAUGAUUGAAGCUAAAAAUGGCUCCUGUCAUGUUUAAAGGAUUCAACGUGCAUAGCAAAUCCAUGGUACUAACUGCAGUUGUGUAUAUUUGAUAUAUUUCUGAUUUACUCUGUAUUAUAUAUUUCAUUUUUCGCCCCCUUGUAAAAGUUGGUAACUUACCACUAGGACCAUACGUCAAUUUGAUUUUCUAGUUCUAGUUUAGGUGGCUGCUGUUUGCUGCCAAGUACAAUGUAGCGCAUCAUGUUUGUACUACCAACGCCAAUAUAAUACCGGUGUACAAGAUUUCUGUUACCAAUC